CCAAAAUUUUGGCAUCGCGAAGCAGCGAGCUCUGUUGGAGAGGGAGAAGGACUCGGAACAGCCGCCGUUCAGUCACCAUACAUCUCACCAUGGCUUUCAGCUCCCCCCGAGCUGGGCUCUCGAUAUCAAGGCGGGUCUUGCAGCAAUGCAAGCCCCCAUUGCCUCUUCAGUCCUUCGCCUCCCCCGCCACAAGGUCCUUCUCCAGGUCGCCGGCUCGACAGCAGGAGGCGUCCUUUGAGAACAUGGCUGCCGAACCCGCCACGGACGCUGCCGAUGCUGUACCAAACGAGCAGGACAUGCCCCGGUGGGCAAAAACACCCGAUAGGAUGAAGGCGCCCUUCUCCCUCGCCAUACCAAAGGAGGGGGAUGCGGCACCCGCUUGGAAGAUCAACGAGGACCCCGCCGUCCUCGACGAAUUCUACGAGCGCUUCCUGGGUCGCAAUGGUCACAAACUGCUUCCGGAGGAGCUCAAGUGGCUUGCGGUGACGCACAAGAGCUUUGACCAGGGGAGGAGAGGGUUCAACACUAGGCUCGCACAUUUUGGGCGACAGGUAUUGGUCCUGGAGGCAGUCAGGUUCAUCAUGGCCACCCCGGCCGGCCUUUCGGCGCCGGUGGAGGGGGAAGGUGCCGAGCCGGUGCCUGAACCGGCGGCCGAGCUGGAGGCGGAUCGCAAACCUUUUGAGCACCCGGCACUGGCCAACAUCGAUAAGUUGUCGUUUAUGCAGCCUCAGACUCUUCUCAGCCAAGGGAAGAUCACUAGGCUCGCGUUCAGGAUCAGACUGAAUGAAGUGGUCAGGUGGCAACCAAGAAAUGCCCAAGACCUGAAGAACUCGGGCCAAACCAUCGUUGUUCACUCGGCUCUCUACGCCAUAGUAGGAGCCCUGUCCCUCCAGCAUGGCGCUGCCGUUGCUUCCAGGAUAUGUAGAGACAGGAUUUUGUCUCGCCUCGAAAUCUAAGAAAAGCAAACGUCUGGCGGGGAUGACUGUUUAUAAUCUGUACAACACGUGGCCAUGGUCUCUCGGCUCGGGCCAAAUACCCUAACGUGCACAUAUUUGCAAUCUAUGGAGUGAGCGUGUAGCCCGCAUGAAGCAGCGGCAAAUGCCAGAGGUCAAUUAUAUCAGUCUUGAUGGCUGAUGGGGCCUUGGGGGAUCUAAGAUUUCGUGAGACCCCUGAUGUCACGAACAUGUUCAAUCCUAGGCCGGAAGACGUGUUAUGGCAGCUGCCGCUCAAGCACUCGUCGGUGCCUCUAACGACAUGACAAUUUGAAUAGUUUCCCGAAAUAAGAAAAAUAAAAUAAAAUAAAAAGUUCAAUCCUUGUGCG